GCCACGGCCGCGGGACGCGCGCAGCCGGCGCGGCCAUGGAGGCGCGGCGCGGCGAGAGGGACCCGCCGGACGCGCUGCAGAACCGCUGCCACGCCGAGCGGGCCAAGAAGGAGCGCCGGUGGCAGCUGCUCUUCACGCAGUACACCGUGAACCCCUUCCACCCCGUUCACAUGGUUGCUAGGAAGCCAAUGUCUUGGCAUGAGAACGUACAGGAGCCAAUAGAUGAUGAAUUCCUGAAUCUUCUUCACCGUGCAGCAGUGGUGCCAAGAAAGAAAUACUCAGAGCCACAAACUGAAAGCCAAGAAAUUGGCUGGCAUACAACACCUUUGGUUCCUGUCGACCGCAGCGAUAUCAGAUUCUACUUCCCACGCCAGACAACUGAGAUUACCAUCCAUGGCUACCCUGCACCACGGGGAGAGAAGCCUAAAGACUAGCACAGGGGGAAGGCCACAGAUAGAAUGUUAAUGACAUCUAAUGUGUUAGGUCCUGCUCGUUCUCUAGCAAGUCUGGCAGAUUUCUAGUGAGAGGCAAUAGAAAAGAGAACUUUAAUCUGUCCAGGUUUACAACCUGACAACAGUGACACAAAUAAACCUAUCUGUAAGGCUCUG